CAUCGAUUCAGUUCUCUGUUUGCAAUAACAAAAAAACGAUAUAACAAAGCAAAGAAACUUGCAAAUAGUGAAAACUAUCACACUGUAUCUCACGCGCCUCUCCAAUUUCCACAUCCACAACCGCUGCUACCACCGGUCCCGGUGGCUAUCACCACCUCAUUCCGGCCACCCACGCUCCGGCAACCGUGAAGGGAAGGCACAUCUAAUUGGUGGUAUAAAAUGGUUUCCUUUGAGAUGAAUGAUCGAAAGAAGAUUGGAUUGGGACUAACGGGCUUUGGUAUAUUUUUCUCAUUCCUUGGCAUUAUCUUCUUCUUCGACAAGGGAUUACUUGCAAUGGGAAAUAUCCUCUUUGUAUCUGGAGUAUCCCUUACCAUUGGACUGAAAUCCACCACACAGUUCUUCAUGAAACGCAGUAAUUUCAAGGGAACAGUUUCAUUUGGUAUUGGAUUCUUGAUUCUUAUCAUGGGAUGGCCCAUUUUGGGUAUGAUUGUGGAGGCUUACGGGUUCAUUGUACUCUUCAGUGGUUUCUGGCCUACACUGGCUGUUUUCUUGCAGAAGAUCCCUGUUCUUGGUUGGUUGUUUCAACAGCCCUAUGUUCGAUCGUUUUUUGACCGCUAUAGAGGCAGACGGGUGCCUGUUUAACAAGUGGAUCUCUUGAAAAAAUAUCUAGCUGCUAGGAAUCACAUAUGUAAAGUACAUGCAUAGAAAAUACUCUCAUAUGGAAACCUAACUCUGAAUUGAGUUUGCAUUCUGAUGGUAGAAAAUUGUCAUGAUUGUCAUUUAAUCAAAGGAAAAUGGAAAGGAAAAAGGUUUUGGUUUUCAUUUUACAACUCCUUGUUUGGUCCCUUUUUGAUUCUCAUGCUCCGUGGAAAAUCAAUUGAGGGAGUUGUCAGUUCUGCAACUUCAUUUACAUUACUAUUCCAAUCAGACAGAUAUCUUUGGGAAGUAUUUGUACUUGGAGUAUCACGGUGGCGUUUGUUUGCAAUUCGUCAAAGGAAUAUAACGAUUUUGAAUGAUGUCAAAUGGAGCUAGUGCAGCUUUAUGGGACUUUCUAUUUUUUAUUUUUUUGUAAUUUACCCUUCCAUUGUGAGUUGGA